AUGGCUUCGAGACACAAGGGAACGAUGCGUGUUUCAAGGGCGUUCCGCGAGGAAUCCAACAUUUCAUCAGACUCGGAAGAGAAACAUCCUGGCCGACGGUUGCAGCAUCCGGAUGUGUUCAGCGCGCUACGCAUCCUGGUCAGUCUUGCUCUUACCGCUUGUUUCCUCUACCAAUCUCUCGGUACCCUGCGCCUGUAUUUGAUGUACCCCACAACGAUGGACGCCUCUACGGAAGGUUUGGAAACUUUGAAGUUCCCUGCUGUCUCGAUCUGCAUCACAAAUUGGGUGAACAAAACCUUGCUGUGCGUUAAAUAUCGUCAGUUUUGUAACUUCGAACCGAGUAUGAUACCACAACUCCGAGCAUUGCUCAAUUCCGCUGGGAACCUGGGCGAAAUCGCCGCGAGACCGAAACGAAUCAUAGAGACGAAUUUCGAGGACCCAUCCCUCUACUACUACCGCUUCGUCUACGAAGACGAGCAAAUCCAACAGACCUUCUCUCGGCUUCCCAAGUACAUGUGCUAUACCCUGAAUUGGAGAGGAAACUCCGAAAUGGAUUCCUACCACGAAUAUCCUCCUUUAUUCGAGUUUUCCAUGUACAUCCAAUGGCGAACAGAUCAAAUCAUCGUUCUGGACGACUUCGAAGUUACCAUGGACUUUCACUCUGUUUUCGUGUUGAGCGCAGGAGAAGUUCACACCAUGAUACUGAAGCCGAACGGUAACUACGAGUACAACACGGAACAAAGUGUGACCCGCUUGCUGCCGCCCCCGUAUGAUACCAAGUGCAUGGAUUACGAAAGACUGGGAGAGCACCCUCUGUAUCCAGCUUUUAUGACGCAAACUCUGUGCAGUUACGAAUGCCAGCGUCAGAUAACGAGGGACAUGUGCAAUUGCACGCCGACGGGAUAUCCGUUCAGGAACAAACUGAGCGAGAACGUUUGCACAGAACAAGUCACUGGUAAGACCUAG